AUGACUGUUCAAAUAUGUCACAUAAUGCCAGAUGCAGCGCUGCUUCGCGAUUUUUGCGAUAGCUUCCCAGAUCUUGGGCAGGUGAGUUUCACCGAGGAUUCGGGUAAAAAACGUUGA